AUGAUCCUCGAGUUGAGCAGCGUCAUGAAAGAGCAUAAUGAAAACGUGGAAAAGCGUCUCAAAUCUUUGGAACAAAUUGUCAAAACACAAAUGCCAGUAAGCUUUGAUAACCAUUUUGUAUAGCACUAUAAUUAUAAACAAAAUGAAUGUGCUUCCAUAACUGUCUUCAUACAGCCUGCACAAGUUGCAUUUAUGCAAUGUACUUUAUUUUAGAUUAUAGACAAAAUGGAUGAUAGCACAAAGGAAUCUUUUAAAUUGUUAGAACAGCGCUUUGAAUCUUUUGAAAGGAGAAUCAAGAGUCCACUAAAAGUAAGUCAUUGUUUGAAGUACUAUUUCAACAGAAACAAGUUUGAGUGUUUGAUCACAGUAUCAAAACACAAGAAGCUAAUGAAUAUCGAGGGGCGGAGCUCCGGGAGAUUCAUUAGCCUUUGAGUGCUUUGAUACCAUGAUCAAACACGCAGAACGAGUUUUUGAAAUGGCUUCUCAAAUGAGUCAAUCAGCAACUGUUUUGGGACUUGCGGUUGGAAAUAUUAGUAUAAAUGAAACACAAGUGUUUGAUCACUUGAUGAUGAAACACUAGACUUGCUCCAAGUCUGUCUCUUAAUGGUCGAACAUUGCAAUAAUCGAAAAUUAUAAUAAUUGAUAAUUCGCAUUGCAGGCGAGCAAAAAAAAGCGGGCGGGAGAAGCGAAUUUUCAAUUAUUAUAAUUUUCGAUUAUUAUAAUGUUCAACAAUUAAGAGGCAGACUUGGAGCAAGUCUAAUGAAACACUAGUGUUUGAUGCAUGCUUUACCGGGUAUGAAAGGCCAUUCACGUGAUGGAAUGCAGCUUUGCGAUUGGGUAAAAUGCUCAUUAAUUAUUCAUGAUUUGAAAAUGCUCAUGAUGCAACCUCGAGUUUUAGUUUUUUAGUGAGAAGUGUUCCUAAGGCAGUCAACACCUUUGCCUUCAUUAAUUUUUGGGAGAUAGAGACGGAAUAUUCCAUAUUGGUUGCUAAAAAAAAAUGUGUUGCUCAUAUAUGUUUCAUUGCAUUGCAAAUUGUAUAUUUGAUAGACAAAUAUUUGGGGGAAACGACUUUAUGACUCGUUUAUGACGAUGAUUCAUAUGAAUGUCAUGUGCAAGUUAUGGCAAUGUAUGAUCACAUUAUUUGUGUUGUAACCUUGCUUUCUGCAUGGGCGUUUAAUUGUAUAUCUGUUUGUUCCAGCUCAACAGUACAUUUGAAAGUUUCAAUGACAAGUUGGCGCCACCAAAUGAAAACGCGGAGAUAUCAACAAUCGAUUUGGACAGUUUCAGACGCUUAUUAGAUACUUCUCUUGAUGGCAUUCCACCAACAUCAACGUCAACAUCAACCGAAAUAUCAAGCAA